GCCCGCUCUCUGGCCGCUCAUAUCAUCUCAACUGCCUUUACAGUUGCUACACCUCGACUUCGACUUAACUUCCAUUCAUUUACUUUCUUGUUGCAGGCGCCCAGUGCUCGAACACAUCUACCAACGGAACGUGUCAUCUUUUCAUUCUACUGCUAUUUUGGAUACUUUAUAUCAUUAUGUAUAUUGCCGUUCGUUACUAUUACUACUAAACUGCGACUCUAACAUCCUCCCUGUUCCACCUUCGUUCCUCGCUUCCACACGCGGAUCCUGAAAUGUGGUAGUCCACAACAAGCUCGCGACGUUAUUAUGAACUGGUGGGCGUGCUCUGCCAUGUACACAAUCCCUGAAUAAACGAUUAUGGCCGCAACCCCCAAUAACAAUGUCGAUGACACCAAACAAGCGACUUUGUCCCCACGGCUUAGAGGUCGGGAAAACGCAAGGGAUACCCUCUGCCGCAAUGUGACCAUCUAUGGAAAGUGCCGAUACGAGGACAAGGGCUGCGCGUUCAAUCACAAUAUAGAAAAGGCUACAUCCGAUGGUGGACAGAAUGACAGCCAGUCGAAGAAGACCCUGAACGUCGACUCUCCCAGUUUCACUCCUUCCUUCCUCUCUCCCAACGGUGCGAAUACCGCAGCAAAAAAAUCCGCAGGCAUUUCCCCCAAGGCGGCAAGUGCGGCCCCGUUUAUGCCCAAGGCCAUCAUAUCUCGAUCGUCAAAUGCAACACCGCUACGUCAAGAUGCCCGGACUCCAGAUUGGGCUCUGGCCGACGUCCAAGAGUUUAUUCCCAGGCGAACACAAGAACCAGCACUGACAAAGGAAAAUGAGAUACCUGUUCCGCAUACUUUCGAGCCAUUCCCGCCCGCACCACCACCUAAUCCCUACCUCGACCACGGCAUUAAUGGUGCCGCAUUCUUCCAGAGCAACCCAGGCUUUCAACUACCGGUGCAAUACCAUCAAUAUGCGCCUAUUGGGCACGUCGGUAGCAACCUUGCCCCUUAUCAGCGCACAGUCCAUGAUCUCUUCAUUCCCAACGAUCUACGAGAAGAAAUCCAAAAGAAGCUUGCCGCAACGCUUCAGACUCUACCAAACUCACGACUCCCCAGCCACAUCGAAAGUUAUCAUUCACUAGUGCCGCUCGACACUAACCAGAAAAGUUCCACUAUUUUCGGAGGCUACACUUCCUGGAUCUAUAAAGCCCAGUCUAGCACCAAUGGUCAAUACUAUGCUCUUCGCCGGAUUGAAGGCUUCCGCUUAACCAAUGAGCUCGCCAUUCGAGCUGGGCAAGCUUGGAAGAACGUGAUCAGUGCUAGCGUUGUCCGCAUCGUGGACGUUUUUACAAACCGCGGAUUCGGCGAUAGUUCUCUUUUUAUAGUGACAGAAUAUCAUCCUCUGUCCAAGAGCCUGGCGGAGCACCACCUCUUAGGCCAGAACUGGGCCCGACCUGUCCGGAGCAGCAAAGACCAAGUUACGGAACCAGUCCUUUGGAGCUACGUGGUACAAAUCGCCUCCGCUCUAAGAACCAUACACAGCAGCGGCCUCGCAGCCCGCGUACUAGAACCCAGCAAAAUUCUGUUGACUGGCAAGAACCGCGUCCGACUCAAUGGCUGCGGGGUGCUGGACGUUGUCCAGUUUGACAACAAUAACACUGUUCCUCUGAGCCAACUGCAAAGGCAGGAUCUGGUAAACUUCGGGUUGGUUAUUCUCUCCGUCGGCUCCGGAACGGGUGAUGCAGGGGCCAACUUUGCCCGCAGCAUGGACCUUUUUAAGAGAUUCUUCAAACCCGAGCUCCAGAAUGCUGUGGUGUGGCUGUAUUCGGCCAUGCAAAACCAGGAAAAGACGAUCGACCAAUUCAUCACGAUGAUCUCGAAUCAAAUGAUUACAGCAUUCAAUGCCGCACUGCAUACCGAUGACGCUCUUUAUUCCGAGUUGGCUAGGGAAGUGGAGAAUGCGCGCCUAGUGCGUCUGAUGGCCAAGUUAAACUUCAUCAAUGAGCGGCCGGAGUAUGAGCACGAUCGGGCUUGGGCGGAAAAUGGUGAGAGAUAUUACCUCCAAUUGUUCCGGGACUACGUCUUCCAUCAAGUGGACGCGCAAAACCGCCCCGUGGUCGAUCUCGGACAUGUCAUUACUUGCCUAAACAAACUGGAUGCGGGUACGGACGAGCGCAUAACGCUGAUCAGCCGUGAUGAACAGAGUUGUUUCAUCGUCAGUUAUCGCGAGUUGAAGAAGGGAGUGGAAUCCGCGUUCCAAGACCUAUUGAAGAGGAGUGGGCCACUGCGAUAGAAAAGAAGGACAAUGUUGCGAGUGCGUCUAUACAGGAGGCCUGGGUUGCAAGUGGUUGGAAUGGGUGAUCUGUGGUAGCAUGUUGGUUGUCUGAACUUCGCCCGCCGAGUAUGUAGUCGUGUCAACUAUCUGAAGCCCGUCCGUGACGGGUAGCUCGUAUACGAGGGAGACCCCAGGAUCUAGACUUGCGGUCGAAUAUAGACUCCACAAAAGAACCGAACCAAUCCGGAUCCCCUGUUGCAAAAGUUGUCUACAGGAUCUUUGGAUGGCCGAGCUUCACGAACGAUGGUGGGGAGAAAGCCUUGCAAACAGUGAUAAUCUCGUGUGGAGGUCGGCAUGUUGGUCAGCCAGUCUCGUGAGAGGGUCUGCCCGAUGACUCGGUCGGGAGUCAAACUGCAGCACUGUUUGAUAUCGCUUGGGAAUGGCCCGGUUCAAUAUGUCCAAAGGGACGCUCAGAGUCGACACCGAUUGCCGCCUCAAGCCAAUUAUUCUUCAGCUGGUUGCUGGAAGGGGUUUUCAAUCUCUUCGCUCCCAUCUAGUGGGGAAAUCAAGACCAGCAAUGUUCCCCUGGCCACAACCAACCCGAGCGGUCUGGUGGUCUCGUUUCCUUCAUCGUCUGGUGAGACCGUUAGCUCCCAUAACUCACAUUAAGAGACCAUUGAAGCAGCUGCAACUGCUAUCCCGGA